ACCAUGUUCCUUCUGCUCCCCUUUGACAGCCUGGUUGUUAAUCUCUUGGGCAUUUCCAUAACUGUCCUCUUCACUCUGCUUCUGGUUUUCAUCAUUGUGCCAGCAAUUUUUGGAGUCUCCUUUGGCAUUCGCAAGGUUUACAUGAAAACGUUAUUAAAGAUUUUUCAGUGGGCGACACUGAGAAUAGAGCGUGGUGCCAAGGAGAAGAACCAUACGUUAUACAAGCCCUAUGUCAAUGGUAUCAUUGCAAAGGAGCCAACAUCACUGGAAGAGGAGAUCAAGGAGAUCCGCCGGAGUGGCAGCGGCAAAGCCCUGGACACCCCUGAGUUUGAGCUCUCAGAUAUCUUCUAUUUCUGCCGCAAAGGCAUCGAGACCAUCAUGGACGAUGAAGUGACCAAGAGGUUCUCAGCUGAAGAGCUGGAGUCCUGGAACCUGCUCAGCAGGACCAACUACAACUUCCAGUACAUCAGUCUGCGCCUCACUGUACUCUGGGGACUGGGUGUGCUCAUCCGCUACUGCUUCCUUCUGCCCCUCAGGAUAGCCCUGGCGUUUACUGGCAUCAGUUUGUUGGUGACUGGUACUACAGUGGUGGGAUAUUUGCCAAAUGGAAGGUGUAAGGAGUUCCUGAGCAAGCAUGUCCAUCUGAUGUGUUACCGGAUCUGUGUGCGUGCCCUCACAGCCAUCAUCACCUACCAUGACCGAGAAAACAGACCCCGAAAUGGAGGCAUCUGUGUGGCCAAUCACACAUCUCCCAUUGAUGUGAUCAUCCUGGCCAGUGACGGUUACUAUGCGAUGGUGGGUCAGAUCCACGGAGGGCUCAUGGGUGUGAUUCAGAGAGCCAUGGUGAAAGCUUGCCCCCAUGUCUGGUUUGAACGCUCUGAGGUCAAAGAUCGUCACCUUGUCGCCAAAAGGCUGACAGAGCAUGUCCAGGACAAGAGUAAACUGCCUAUUCUUAUCUUUCCGGAAGGAACCUGCAUCAACAAUACGUCUGUGAUGAUGUUCAAAAAGGGGAGCUUUGAAAUCGGAGCCACAGUUUACCCUGUAGCCAUCAAGUAUGACCCGCAGUUUGGCGAUGCCUUUUGGAACAGCAGCAAGUAUGGCAUGGUAACCUACCUCCUUAGGAUGAUGACCAGCUGGGCCAUUGUCUGCAGUGUCUGGUACUUGCCCCCAAUGACCAGACAGCCUGAAGAGGAUGCUGUCCAGUUUGCCAAUCGAGUGAAGUCAGCCAUUGCCAGGCAGGGGGGCCUUGUGGAUCUGCUCUGGGAUGGAGGACUGAAGAGGGAGAAGGUGAAAGACACAUUCAAGGAGGAGCAACAGAAACUCUACAGCAAAAUGAUUGUAGGUAACCAUGAAGACCGGAGCCGCUCCUGAGCCCUCUGCCUCCAGCACUGUUAAUGGGCCUGGCCAGAGCCCUCUGCCUCCAGCACGAGCCAGGGCUUGUCUGAAGCAGCUCUGAAUCUUUGGACUUUGGCUACUCCAGAGCUGCUUGGACUUGCUGCUUCAUCCUCUGGCCGUUCUCUCCUGGAGGCACUAUUACUGCCUAGAGUCUUUAGGCCCUGGGAAGCUCUUGGCAAAGAUGCCUUCUUGUUACUGUUACAGUGAAGCCCCUUGCAGGGGCAAUAUUAAAUGAAACACUUAUGGUGU